AUUGGUUCUCCGCGGUUGUGCUUGGUGGGGCAAGCUGCGGGGUUGGCAUUGCCAUUCAGAGCUGAAAGGUCUUUCCUUGCCUCUAUCCAUAAACACCUUAGCUAACUACAGUUCCUAUUCUUGGAGACCGGAAGAGUUUUCGUUGCUUCUGACAUCAUGCCUAGAGGAUCGACAACUUGAGCUAGGGCCUCCUUUGUCUCGAGGUUUGCAACAUUGUUCUAAGGGAGAUCCUGCGGAUUAUUUCCCCGCUGACAGCAAACGCGGCAUUUGCGCGCUAGGCUAGCUCGUAUCCCUUGUUUUGUCCUAGUCCGGAUCGGAUCCUUGGUUGACCGACAGGAAAAAAAGAGAAAGGCUUAUUACGCUUCGAGUGCGGACCGUCUUCAAGCAGUGCCUAAAGGUGCGUGUGGCUGUCACUCGAGCUAAAUCAUGUGUCCCCCGACCGGUGGCCAAACACCGCCGCACGGAGCCGCCACCGAGAACGAGCCUCCUCUGGAAUUCUCGGAUGACUUCCCUUGGCAGGCCGGCGUCUGCGAUGCGCAUUGCCACCCUACCGACACCAUGGCCUCGAUAGCUAGCAUAGGCGACAUGCGAGCCCGGGUCUUGACAAUAAUGGCCACACGCUCUCAGGACCAAGAACUCGUGGCCUCCGUCGCAGCGAACCACGCCGUCAAGAACCGAAAUGUGCUAGACAUCCAGAGCUUGGAAAAGGUGGUGCCCGCCUUUGGAUGGCAUCCGUGGUUCUCGCACCAGCUCUAUGAAGACCAUGGCGGCGAUGAUACCACAUAUGACCCGUCCGAGCCUACAGGGCUGCAGAAAUCCAAGCAUUACACGGCGGUCCUAUCCCCGUCGCCGGAUCCGGAUUUCAUUGCGUCCUUGCCAGACCCACUGUCAUUGGGUGAUUUUAUCGCCGAAACACGGCGCCGUCUGCUCGCCGAACCUGUUGCUCUCAUAGGCGAGGUCGGGCUAGACAAGGCGUUCCGCCUCCCUUGGGGGUGGGACGUGUCACAGCCAUCGAGCCGCGACGAAAGUGCGACGCCGGGUGGGAGAGAGGGACGCACCCUGAGUCCAUAUCAUGUCGAGAUGACGCAUCAAGUGCGGAUACUGAAAGCCCAGCUACGACUAGCUGGCGAGCUAGGGCGCCCGGUUAGUGUUCAUGGGGUUCAAGCGCAUGGGGUGCUGUUUGACGUCCUCGCGUCGCUGUGGAAGGGACACGAAAAGGAGGUCAUUUCGAAACGAAAGCAGAAGCUGGUUGCAGCUGGUGCUGAAGACUUCUCGUCAAGCGAGGAAGACGAUGACGAGUUCGACUACGCGGCUGAGGCUCCCAGAACCACGAGUGCGGCGGCAAGAAAGCCCUACCAGCCAAAGCCUUUCCCGCCACGGAUAUGCCUGCAUUCCUUUAGCGGAGCGGCACAGAUGCUGAGCCAGUAUUUGAACCCGGCAAUCCCGGCCCGGGUGUUCUUUUCUUUCUCUAUGGGUGUCAAUCUUUUUACUCCGGGGGCAGAGAGCAAGUUUGCCGACGUCGUUCGGGCUUGUCCAGACGACCAGCUGCUUAUCGAGAGCGAUUUGCACACUGCUGGAGAUGUGAUGGACCACUCCCUCGAGCAGAUGUACCUGAGGGUUUGCAACGUCAAGAGGUGGACUCUGCUCGAGGGCGUGGAGAGGAUACGGAAAAAUUACGCAGAGUUUGUAUUCGGCUGAGGAGACGCCGCCGCUGCCGUCCUAGCCGUAGCGUCAAAUUGCAUUUGAAACCGGGGGGGAGGGCAUCCCCUAAAAGAAA